GAGGAGGAGGAGGAGGAGGGUGGGAACCGGGUGACGUCAAGGCGCGGCAGCCAUUACACGGAGGGGAGAGAGCCAGCGAGCUUCCGAGUAGUCUCCGCCGCCUCCUCCACAUUGCUGCCGCUCCUCUCGCCGCCUCUGAGGGACGGAUCCGGCCCUUCCUGCCCCUCUCUCUCCUUCCCUGCCCCUCCGCUCGUCGUUUCUUUCCCAGCGAGAGGCAGUGCAGUCUCUGUGCGGAGGGGGAGGAGGAGGAGGAGGAGGACGGCGGCGGGGGCUGGGCUGGGGCGGCGGGUGCCGGCGAGAGGCAGAAGAAGGGAGGAAGGGAGGAGGAAGCGGGGGAAAGAGCGGCGGCGGCGGCGGCUGGGCGAGCAGCGAGGAUGGAGGAGAAGGUCUUCACCAAGGAGCUCGACCAGUGGGUGGAGCAGCUGAACGAGUGCAAGCAGCUCUCCGAGGGCCAGGUGAAGAGCCUCUGCGAGAAGGUGGGUAGCCAGCGGCGCCUCCGAGGGGGACGGGGGGAGGGGACCCUGCCGGGGGCGGCGGCAGAAGGGACGAGCGGAGGCGGGAAACCAAGGCCGCUGCUUGGAAAGGGAGGGAGGCCCUUGGGGUGCCGGGGGACGUUAACCCGGGAAGGGUGCUCGGAUGGAGGGAGGGAGCGAGGAGAGCGGGGGUGGGGGUCCUUCCUCGGAGGGAGAGAGGAGAGGCGAGGGAGGAAGGUCUGCUUAGGCGACCUUUGGGGUGAGGAGCGAUAUGGGGGGCAGGAGCAGCCCCCCAAUCCCAGCGCAGGGUUUCCGCAGUUGGCGCAAGAGGCACCGUCGCGGUGGAAGGGCCGGAAAGGCCGAAGACGGAUGAGGAUGGGGAUUGUGAGGAGGGGGGAGUCCCACGGUGGAUGAAUAGCGGCUUCUGCCUUGAGCUGCUGCUAGUCGUGGGGACUCCGCUGAAGGGGGCAGGAAGGGCGGGUAGCGAGCGGGGUGUGUCCCUCGGGCAGGUGCAGUCUUUGGAGGGGAAAGGCCGCCGCCAGCGCUGCCUCCCCUCUCCAGCCUCCCACCCCUCUCCCGAUCGAAGGGGGUAUUUUGCCCCAUGACCGGCCGAGAGGAUCGGCCCCCCCCCCCCGGCAGCCCUGCGCCCCCUGUCGCAUCGACCGCUUCUCUAUCUAGUUCCUCCGCUCCUCCUUUUUUCCGCUGACUCUUAAAAUGGCGCCUUUCGCUGAAAAUACACAGUGCAUUACUGUGCUGAUAGAAACCCUCUUGUGCUUCUUAGCGGGCAAAGCUUUCUCUUUCUAUGGGGGGCAGCAGCAAGAUCCUGGCGAAAAGAAAAUCUUGACAAGACGUCAAUGUACUUUGCACAGGCACACUUUUUUGUUUGGGUCUCUCUUACCACCAAGCCUUGUUCUGUUGCUUUGCGUUAGGGAAGGGGAGAUCUGGUCACUUGAACACUAUCUGGGUGGUUAAGCAUGAAUGAGUAGCAGUUGGGAAUAGUUAAUAAGGAGAGAGGGGGAGAAUAAGGGGGAUAAAAGUGGCAAAGUAUCCGAUCUUUGUGUAGGGUAGCUUUGUAUUGUUGCAUGCAGUAAUUGAAUAAUUAUUGUCAAAUUAUUUCACCUUGGUACUUAAAAAAAUUCAAUGCUAUAUUUAUCUUAAUUCCAUGGACAUAAUGAAUUUUUUUAUGGGGAAGGGAUUGACAAACUUGCCUCAAUGCAAGUAUGCCAAAUACUAAAUGACAUCCCAUUAACCUGGCAUGUUAAGAUAUGAAGGUUUGAAUUUCCUAAUAUAUUUCAGGUAAAUUUUAUUAUUGGAAGUUUACAUAAUCAGGGUAGUUACUAGUACAUUGGACUGACAAGCUUUCGUUAGAAUUCAUAGAAUUUAUUUCUGCUUACUGUAUUUUCUUGUGUGGCAGUUACGGCAGCCUGAGCACACUUAGUUGCAGGUUUCAUUGGCAUCUAUGUAAGGCACUUUUAAAUGCCUCUGCUUGGGGUUGAGGUGUAAAACUGCUUGUAAAAGUAUUGCUAAUUAGCAACAUGUUGAGCAUGUACCGUGUUGGCCGAGUUAACUAUUGGGGUUCUUGUUUCUGAACAACUUAGCUGCUGUGGUAGCAUAUUGUGGCAAUUCACUGCUGUUCAGACUGUAAUGAUUUGGGAAGCAGAAUAUAUCAUACAGUAUGGCCUCAUGUUGUUGUUGUUGUUGUUGUUGUUGUUUAGUCGUUUAGCUGUGUCCGACUCUUCGUGACCCCAUGGACCAGAGCACGCCAGGCACUUCUGUCUUCCGCUGCCUCCCGCAGUUUGGUCAAACUCAUGCUGGUAGCUUCAAGAACACUAUCCAACCAUCUCGUCCUCUGUCGUCCCCUUCUCCUUGUGCCCUCCAUCUUUCCUAACAUCAGGGUCUUUUCCUAACAUCAGGGAGUCUUCCCUUCUCACGAGGUGGCCAAAGUAUUGGAGCCUCAGCUUGGCUUCAUACUAAUGUACAAAGACAAAAGUCCUGUGCUACUCUUCCUCUCCCCAGCUUCUGCCUGUUGAAUUCAACCUUGUGCUGUCAGUUGCUGUUUACAGUGUGUGUCCAUUUGUUUUUUUUUUUUUUUUUUUUUUUUUUAAUAAAUUUUUAUUAAUUUUCCAAACAUAAGAUAAGAAAGCAAACAAUGCACAAAACACCGACAUACAAACAUAUAAACAUGUAUAAUUUCAUAGCCAUUUUUCAUAAACCUUACUUUCCGGACUUCCCCAUACCUCCCCUUUCUGCAUCCUUGUUUUAUAUUUCUUCAGCAACUCCUCAAUCAACUAAUUAUUCAAUUCAAUUUCUUUUAAGUUCUUCUAAUAUUAUUAAUUACAGCUGCAGUUCUCUGUUUCCCAACCCCUUGACAUUUUAACAUUCCUGAAUUUUACAACAAGUUCUAAGAUAAACUUUAAAUUUCUUCCAAUCUUCUUCCACUGUCUCUUUCCCCUGGUCACGGAUUCUGCCAGUCAAUUCGGCCAGUCCCAUAUAGUCGAUCACCUUCGUCUGCCAUUCUUCCAGUGUGGGUAGUUGUUGUGUCUUCCAAUACUUUGCUAGAAGAAUCCUUGCUGCUGUUGUCGCAUACAUAAUAACGUCCUGUCCAUCAUUCUCACCAAGUGGCCGACAAUGCCCAAGAGAAAAGCCUCUGGUUUUUUAGGGAAGGUCCAUUUAAGAACCUUCUUAAUUUCAUUAUAGAUCAUUUCCCAAAAAAGCUUUUAUCCUCGGGCAGGUCCACCAAAGGUGAUAAAAAGUACCUUCAGUCUCAUUACAUUUCCAACAUUUGUUAUUGGGCAGAUGAUAAAUUUUUGCAAGCUUGACUGGGGUCAUGUACCACCUAUACAUCAUUUUCAUAAUGUUUUCUCUUAAGGCAUUACAUGCCGUAAAUUUAAUACCGGUGGUCCACAACUGUUCCCAGUCAGCAAACAUAAUGUUAUGACCGAUAUCUUGUGCCCAUUUUAUCAUAGCUGAUUUCACCGUUUCAUCCUGUGUAUUCCAUUUCAACAGCAGAUUAUACAUUCUCGACAGAUUCUUAGUAUUGGGUUCUAACAGUUCUGUUUCCAAUUUUGACCUCUCCAUCUGGAAACCUAUUUUCCUGUCCUGUUUAAAUGUCUCGUUUAUCUGAAGGUAGUGCAACCAAUCUCGCACUUUGGACUUUAAUUUCUCAUAGCUCUGUAAUUUAACUUUUUCCCCAUCUUGUUCUAGAAUUUCACAAUAUUUUGGCCAUUUAGACUCCAUAUUAAGUUUUUUCACCUCUUUAGCUUCCAUUGGUGACAACCACCUGGGAGUUUUACUUUCCAAUAGAUCUUUAUACCGCAUCCAAACAUUGUAUAAUGCUUUCCUAACAAUAUGGUUUUUGAAACCUUUAUGCUGUUUUACCUUAUCAUACCAUAUAUAUGCAUGCCAACCAAAUCUAUUAUCAAACCCUUCUAGAUCCAAAAUAUCUGUAUUCUCAAGAAGUAGCCACUGUUUCAACCAGCAGAAAGCCGCCGAUUCAUAGUAGAGUCUUAAGUCCGGCAGGGCAAACCCCCCUCUAUCUUUAGCAUCAGUUAGAUUCUUAAAUUUUAUUCUGGGCUUUUUGCCCUGCCAGACAAAUUUAGAUAUAUCUUUCUGCCACUUCUUGAAACAGUCCAUCUUGUCCAAAAUCUGCAAUGUCUGAAAUAAAAACAACAUUCUAGGCAAUACAUUCAUCUUGAUAACAGCAAUUCGGCCUAACAAAGAAAGUUUCAACCUUGACCAUAUUUCUAGAUCCUUCUUUACCUCUGUCCAACAUUUAUCAUAAUUGUCCUUAAAUAAAUUCACAUUCUUAGAUGUUAAGUUUACCCCCAGGUACUUUACUUUUUCGUUAUCACUAGUCCUGUUUCAUUCUGAAACUUCUCUUUUCGGCCAAUGUUAAAUUUUUAUCCAACACUUUCGUUUUCUGUUUGUUCAGUUUAAAUCCUGCUACUUGACCAAAUAUCUCAAUUAGUUCUAAUACUCUUUUAGUACUAGUAUCUGGCUGUUGCAAGGUCAAUACUAGGUCAUCUGCAAAUGCCCUUAACUUGUACUGUUUGGCUCCGACUUGUACUCCUUUAACCAACUGGUCUCCUCUAAUCAUAUUUAACAAAACCUCCAGGACUAAUAUAAACAAUAGAGGGGAUAUUGGGCACCCCUGUCGUGUACCUUUUUCUAUAGGUAUUUCUUCCGUUACCACAUUGUUUACAAUUAACUUUGCUUUUUGUUUAGAGUAUAUUGCACCUAUACCAUUUUCAAACCCUUGACCUACCCCCAUCCCUUGGAGAUUCUUCUUCAUAAAACUCCAACCAAUAUUGUCAAAGGCUUUCUCCGCGUCCACAAAAAUUAAAACAGCCUUCCUAUUAAUGUCCACUUCUAACAGUUCCAAAAUGUCUAUAAUGUUCCUCACAUUGUCCGACAUAUAUCUCCCUGGAAGAAAGCCAGUUUGGUCUUUAUGAAUCUCCCCUACCAACACUCUCUUCAGUCUUUUUGCCAUAAUGUCCGCAAAAAUUUUGUAAUCCACAUUAAGUAAUGAUAUAGGGCGGUAGUUUUUAACCUGGUUCUUUUCAGUCUCAGUUUUCGGUAUAAGUGAGAUAAAAGCUUCUUUCCACGACUCUGGUGCCUUUUCCCCCUCCAGAAUUUCGUUACAUACUUCCUUCAGUGGUUGUACUAACCAUUCCUUCAACACUUUAUAGUAUCUGGCGGUCAAACCAUCUGGUCCUGGAGCUUUUCCCAAUUGCAUCUUCUGAAUGGCACCCUCUAUUUCUUGUCCUGUUAUUUUCUCAUUCAAAAUCCUUCUGCUUUGCUCUGAAAUUUUUGGUAAUCCAUGUUUCUUAACAAAUUCUUCUAUUUCCUGUUCAUUAACUGGCCCUUGUGCAUAUAAUUUCCUGAAAUAACCUUGAAAACAAUUACUUAUCUCAUUUGGUUUGUGGAUAAUCUUUCCGUCCACUUCUAAACUUGUCACAGUGUUCAAUUUUUGCCUCUUUUUCAAUUGCCAUGACAGAAAUUUCCCACAUUUAUCUGCUGAUUCAAAUGUCUUUUGUCUCAUUUGCUUUAUUUUCCAUUCUAUCUCUUGAUUCAUCAAUUCCAUAUAUUGCACCUGAUAGUACUUUAUUUCUUUCAGAAUCUCAUGAGACUUUGGUUUAGACCUCAAUUUCUUUUCACCUUCUUUUAUUUUUUCCAGAAUUUUUCCUUUCCUUUCAUUUUGAUUUUUCCUUUUUAUGGAGUUCUGUUGUAUUAGGAAACCUCGCAUCACGGCCUUACUUGCGUCCCAAAUUAUUCUUUUUUCCACUUCUGUUCUCAAAUUUAUCUCAAAAUAAUCUUUCACUGUUUUUGGGCCUUCUUAUAAAUCUCUUCAUCUCUGAAUAGGGUGUCAUUCAUUCUCCAUCUGAAGGAUCCAGUUGUUGUAAGUUUCAUCUCCAUCUUUACAGCAUUAUGGUCGGAGCAAGUCUUUGAGCAGAUUUCUACCUUUUUAAUCCUUGGCGCCAUACUGCUAGUUACCCAAAUUUGGUCAAUUCUUGUCCAUGUCAUUUUUGCUUCAGAGAAAAAAGUUCCCUCUCUCUCAAGAGGGUUCCUUGUUCUCCAAAUUACAGUGUGUGUCCAUUUGUCCUGUGCAAAGUACCCAGAAGAAUCAUAUGUCCAUAGCUUCUGGUGUGUGUAUUGUGAAAUGCUAGUUUGUGGAGUCACUUAUUUCUUCAGUUUGGGAAAAUUGGAUUUUUUUGUGGUCUUAACUGGUUUUGUUUCUAAAAUGGCAAGCAAACUCUUCCUCUACAUUCCAGGAGCUACCCAGUUUCCUACUGUAUGUAUAUAACCUGGGGCAGUCUGAGGAGAGCAAGCAGUGACACAGAGCUGUAGUAGACGUGGUAACUUGUGGGCGCAACAUGCAUUUAAUUUGUAGAUUGUAAAUCCCUUCACUUUUUGUAGCAUUUUCUGCUGCUGAGGUGGAUGUGACUAGGGUGUGAGACAAAGAAGUUCUUGCAACUAUACAGUAGUGUAUAAACAUGUCUUUACUGUGCUGAAAUACAAGAAAAUUGAAAUGCAUGGAAGUCUCAUAGAUGAUCUUCCUUCAAAUGACUGGUGCCAAUGUGAAAACAUAAGUAAUGGUUGAAAGAGUUGUCUUGGCAUUUUUAGCUUUUCUUUUUAUUACCCCUUGUUAUCUGGAGUGCUUCUUAAAGUUAGUAUCAAGGGAAGUUUGUUAACUGUGGCACUAGAAAUAUAUUUCAUGGUUGACAAGGCUUCUGGGGCAAAACUAGCUGUCAGCUUGUGAAAAGUACAGAAAUAAAAUCUUUUCCCUCUGGUUUACCCUAGCCGCCCCCCCAUAAAUAAGCCACUUUAAUUUCUCCCAAACAAAUAAGGAAUAUGCAUUGGUGAACCCAAGUGAGAGCACUAAUAAAAUUUGUGUGUGUCCUCCAGCCACCAGUUUCCUCCCUCCAAGCAGAGCAUUGCAUUCUGUCUUCCGCAUCUUUUCCUUUUCCAAUUAGCAUUUAAUAUUAUGUGAUGGCAGGGAGAGCAUGCCCAGUGCUCAUGGGGCUAUUUUUUUAGGUUGCCCCCUUAAUUUUGGGGGCUAUUUCUGAAAACCUCUGUGCCUGACUUUUCUGAUGCCUUCCUUUUGUGGUCCCAUUUCUGUUAUCCUGUUUGCGUAAGCCACCUGAGUUUGUUAUUAGUGGGGAAUGAUUUCUCUGUUUAAGUGAAAUGUGUAUGGCCACACAGCUUCUAAGGAACAUAGUUUGGCACCUAUCAAUUGUCAAAAUUCAGUUGGUCUGGAAGGUAGGCUUCUCAAUAAACAGGUUUGUUUGGUGGAAAGCAAACAUUUAGGGAGAAGUGCUUUAUUAUGAUCAUUUAGAAAUACAUUUCUUAUUGAUAGGUAAGAGUGUGCUUGAAACAUUUUUUAUUCUGCAGAGAGAAGAAAAGAUCACUUUCAGUAUAAUCAGCAUAUAUUGCAGUCAAGGCAAAGCAUAACAGAUGGGUGUAGGAGGAAUCACCUUUAGUGUAAAGAACAGUCAGAAAUCUAAGGCAAAGUCCUUAAGAGGUGAGUCUAGAUAAGUAACUGGGGUGUUUUGAGGUAAUGAGAUUAAAUUUGCCCUGUUAUCUGGUUUUGCCUGUUGGACUCUUAAAGAAAUGACAGCAGGAAAUAUCAUCCACUGACACAGAUAUCGGAAAUAUACAAAAAUACUUCUUCUACAUGCUGCUCCUUCCUAUUUGAUAGGUUGAUAGCAAGAGAAACCAACCCGCCUUCCCCAAGCUUCUUGCUUUUCACCAAAGCUGUAGCUGGUCCUAAUUGCCUUUUUAGUUCAAGUACUUCAGUAAUAGAAAAGCAAUCAAGAACUGGACCUAAAACUCAGAACUAAAUUGAAUGCUAAUAGGAACCUGCUGGAAAGGAGUUUAUAAUACAGUAUUCUCAUAAGAAUUAAUGAAGCUUUUUGACCAUUGUUUUAAGCUAGCAAGUUCCACUUCAUUUGGUCUGCAGACUAUAAACAUAAAAUACAGCAUAGGGUUAUCAAUGCAACAGUAGCAGAACAACAGCAUACAUGCACACAAACUAUAUCUUUUAAGAGAAUAUAACAAAAUUAACAAUCAGAAAUAGUUAAAAAUGCAGACAUUUUGAAUGCCUCUAAUAAUUUUGGGCUGGUUUUGAUGGCUACAGCAGAGAACCUGGCUCUGUUUUCUGUGAUGUUGGGUUGGAGGCUGGCAUUAAAGUUGAAAGAUUGACUUUAUCUGAAAGAGAAAGUAUUGGGGAGGUAAAUUUGGAUCUUGUUAUCGUGCAUAAUUUUUUAGGAACACAAUUCAACUGAUUUACUUUUGCAGGCGCAAGCUCUCAUCCAGCCUGGCAGAAGAUAGGGUAAUGAAUAGCCAGUGGUAAAAACUUUGUUAUUUAACCAGUUUUAGCAACAAUCAAAACCUUUUCCUUGUGACCUCAUUGUGAGAAGUGCAAUAGGCUGCAUCCUAAGAACUGUACUUAUACGGCUGAAAUCCAUGUUGACUCAUGUUAUAUUACCCCAAGGUCCUAUCCUAGUUAACAAUCUAGUGGCUAAACUAUAGCUUCUGGUCAGUGUUCAGAGGUAGCUCCAUGCAUAGCACUUUAACAAUCUGAGCCCCUCCCCCCAAGCAUGGAUAACUGUCUAGGGGAGUGGUUUUCAACCAGUGUGCUGUGGCGCCUUGAAUGAUGGUCAGGGGUGCCUUGCCUUGAUGGUCAGGGGUGCCGUGGGCAACACAGGCCUCUGUCCCUCUUUCCUCCCUCCCUCCUUCUCUGAUGCCCUCUUGCAUGUUUGCUUCUCAAAGGCUUGUGGCGGCUAUUUGUUGCAGCAGCCCUGGCUACAAGCUCCCUAGGUGAAUGGUGCCACUGGGGCUGGACAGAAGGUGCUUCCCAAGCCCCUGUGGGGCAGUGUGAGGAGGCACGUCUCUUUGGGGCAGGGUGGGUAGUACACAAGACCAGGAGCGGCAGCAGCGGCUGCCCAGAGGACUCCCAAGAAGAGGGGAGAGGAGAGGAGGCUGAGAGAACACUCUACAAGGGAGGGUGUUUGGUAAGGGGCUGCCGGUUCUGGGCUGCUGAGGCUACUGAGCUCCUCAGGGGUGUGAGGAAAGAAUGUAGUUGGCCAAGGGAGCUGUGGACCCAAAAAGGUUGAAAGCCUCUGGUCUAGGCCAAUCUAGGAUUGGCCACAGCAGGCGUAUCAGCCUUGGCUUGAUAAAAAAUGCUGUGUGUCACAAAAGCUACUUGGGCCUCCAAUGACAAAGCUGGAUCUAGGAGCACUCCAGACAGCAAGCCUGAUCCAUAAUGGGUGUGUAAUGAUGUCUAGAACUGAUUAGACUCUCCUGAGAAGACAAGCUAUGUACCCACAGCACCUCUAUUUUGUUAGGAACAAGUUUCUAUUUAUGUGCACUCAUCUAGCUAUCACCAUCUUACUGGUUCAACAUUUCAGUGCCUCACCUAACAAUGAUAAAAAUGAGAAGUAGAGUUGGAUGUCAUUGACAUACUGGUGAACCCUUGGAUGACUUCUUUCAGCAUUUCAUGUAAAUGUUGAAAAGCAUUGGAGAUGUGAUGGAAUCUUGUAUAAAUUAUAUGAUGGUAAGCAGUUGUUGUCAAAGAGUAGAUCAAUUACAGCUGUAGAAAAACCAUCAAAGAUAAAGACAGCUGCCUUGAUGGAUAUGGUACCCAAUGCGGUUCAAGAAAAUUCUUAAAAGAGAAAUAAUUUGCUUUUUGUUUUAAAAAAGUAUGGUCUGAAGAUGCAUGAGGCUACCAGAUUGCUGAAGCUAAGCAGGCCUAAGUCUUCUAGGGUGUACCCAGUGCUAGAAACUGAGAUAUGAAAGCUAGGAGCUAAAUGGCACCUUAAACCUAGGUUAUGGACGCAACAACAGAAUGUCUAGGCGUGCUUUUUUAUAACAAGAAUACAAAGUUGAUAGAUGUGGUUUAGAAAAUAUAUGUAGGGCCUCUCUUCUCUCUUCCCUCUCCUUUAGUUUUUAGAGAAGUUAACAUUAGAGAUGAGACUACUGGAAGUGGCAGAAACAACAUUUCUGAUCUGAUCGUGGAGCUCCCAGGCUUUUAACAAACGUUACAAAAGGAUAAUUCAUCAAUCUUGAGAGUUCCAUAGUUGGUAUGAUAGCAUAGAGAUAACUUUUGCUUGGUAACCAGUGUGAAAUACUGAUUUCUAUACUCAACCAGGACAGGUCCCCAAGUAAUGUUUGAUGUUGGGAAACACUAAAAUGCAAGCUAAAGUUCCUAAAAAUACUCUGAAUUAUCCUCAUCCCUCUGAGAAUAAAUAUGCUAAACUUCUGUUUAGCAGGAAAGGUAUGUUUGACUUUGAAGGAGUGCCUGCCUUCAAGAAGAUAAGUUCUUUUUCACUCUUCUUUUCAAUAUUGGUGACCAAUAUUAAUAUUUCCACUAAUGCUAAAAGACACACACACUUGGUAGGAGAUAUGAUUGGAGAACAGGGCCAUUCCUUCAGAUUGUUGUUCAACCCCCAGUAUGAUCUCAGGAAAAUAUUAAAUGUAUUGACAGGGUUUUCCUCAUUGUUCACCUUUCUUGAACCCAUAUAAAUGGUUCAUGGGAGGUGUGUAUGAGACAAUAGACAACAGGGUGUAAGUGAAGUGUCCCCAGGGAGUAGAGAGACAGAUUUGGUGGCUGCAGGACUUGUUUGCAUCACAGGUGCUGUAUUUAAUUCAGUGAAUUCAGUAUUUAAUUCAGAGAUCCUGACCAACAAGCACUUCAGAAUAUCCACCCAAGUUAAGGUCAUGCAGGAGUCCACAGUUGAGUCACUAAGUGAAUUGGCUCAAGGCCGUUGGACUGUAGGAAGGCUUUUCUUUAAAAUGGAAGAAAAUUAUUCAUGAUUCAGAUCUUGUUAUGGACGUGGCAGCUUUGGAAAACAGUAUGUCCUGGGCUAUUGCAUGUAAAAGAUUAUUUAGAAAUAGAUGGAUGCAGGUGGCUCAGUACCAUAUCCUCUGGGUCAUUCCAUAUCAAGUGAUCCAACUUUUUUUUACCUCAUGUCAUCCAAUUUUCUUAAUAUUUUGUACACUUAUUGAAUGAUCAAAACUAAGUUUAAAUCUAAAAUUUUCAUUAUUUAUCUCAUCCUGUUUGUGAGUUAUAAGGGUUUGAAAUUUCCAAAAUGACAAUUUUGGCCUACACAUAAACCUUAAAAGCUCAGUCCAGAAUUGAGAUACAUCAAAACCAAAAACAUCAAUCUUUUCAGAACUUCAUGGGCUUUAAUACAAUAUAUCACAUGAUGGACUUACUUUAAAAUUUCAAUUACAAAAUUGAAAAUUUUAAAAAGUGAAUAAAAAAUGAUUUAAAAUUUCCAAAAAUUUGUAUUGGCUAUUUAAUAUUUCUAAGAGCUACCUGCAAAAUUUCAUCUUGGGAUCUCAGUGGGAUCACAUAAAACAAUAUUGUACAUUCACCUCUGCCUCUCUUAGCUGUUGGAAAGGAUUUGAGACCUUCAUGCAGCAUUUAAAAUUAAUUAUUGUAUAUUAAAUGUAAAUACCCUUUUAGCAUGUUAAAUUGGAUCUCAGUUGAUUUAGGCCAGAACAAGAUUUUCUGGAAAAAAUUCAAUUCAGAAUAUUCUAGAAAACACAUCACUGAGUGGAUUUGUCUAAUGAGGUAGAGGCAUUGUUACUGCAUGAAGCCUGGAAUUUGAAUAGUCAGGACUGGAGGAAUCCCAGUCCAUUAUGGCAAGUGAAUAUCUGCUGCUUGAACACUUCUUUCUUUGUCCCAACAUUGUUCUUUUGGCCCAGGUCUAACAGGAGGUUAUAAAAAUUAUUGCGGUUUCAACCUUUUGUGACACCGUCACCAGCAGUGGCACAGAAGUUGUAGGCUAUUCCCUUCAAAAAAAUUGAGCCUGAUAUGUGCCAUGAUGGUUAUGGUGGUAUAGGAAGGUUUGGUGGUGGCACUUGUACAACUGGGAGAAAAUAAAUAGUAGUGAUUCUCUGGUUGAUGAGCCUGAGUGUGCUUUGGAGCUUAGUGUGUCAUCUAGUACCUUUGAGUACUACCACUCAUUCUGCCUUUUGACCCAAAUCAAUACAAUGUUUAGAGAGAGAAGCCAAGUAAAACUUGAGCUCUGAAUGUGUAUUUCAUUGAUGGAGUUUCUUUUAACAAGGUGCUGGAAAGCAUGUCAGCCUGAACAACUCUUACAUUACAAUUUUCUGGAUAGCUUCUGGGCAGAUAAAUCAUUUAUGAUAUUUACUGCAUACCCAUUUUCACAUGGUAAAAAUGCUACAAGAAGGCAAUACUUUCAGUGCCACUUUUCCCCCCCGAAGUGGGAAUAUAGCACUAGGAACAUAGGGAGCUUCCUUUUAUACUGAAUCAAACUGUUGGUCCAUGUAGUGCAGCAUUAAAGGUAAAGGGACCCCUGACUGUUAGGUCCAGUCGCAGACAACUCUGGGGUUGCGGUGCUCAUCUCGCUUUACUGGCCGAGGGAGCCGGCGUACAGCUUCCGGGUCAUGUGGCCAGCAUGACUAAGCCGUUUCUGGCUAACCAGAGUAGCGAACCAGAGGUAGCGCACGGAAACGCCGUUUACCUUCCCACCAGAGCGGUACCUAUUUAUCUACUUGCACUAUGAUGUGCUAGGUUGGCAGGAGCUGGGACCAAGCAACAGGAGCUCACCCCAUUGCGGGGAUUUGAACCGCCAACCUUCUGAUCGGCAAGCCCUAGGCUCUGUGGUUUAACCCACAGCACCACUUGCGUCCCAUUGUCUGACAGUAAUUAUACACAUGGGAUUGAGCUUAUCAGAAAAAAGGAAAUGGAAAACUGGAUAAUUUUAAGUAAAAAACUAGGUAAUAUGAAUUAAGUAAUUAAAUAGAACAGUAAUGUUUAUCUGCUGAUGUAUAAAAGAACAAGUACCAAAGAUCAUUAGUUUGUCAACAGGUAUUUUCAGUACAGUACAGUGGUACCUCGGGUUACAUACGCUUCAGGUUACAGACGCUUCAGGUUACAGAUUCCACUAACCCAGAAAUAGUACCUCAGGUUAAGAACUUGGCUUUAGGAUGUGAACAGAAAUCGUGCAGCGGCUGCAGCGGGAGACCCCAUUAUAGCUAAAGUGGUGCUUUAGGUUUCAAACAGUUUCAGGUUAAGAACAGACCUCCAGAACCUAACCCGAGGUUCCACUGUAUAGGAUUGUGGUAAGGUGUUUAAUCAUAUUAUACUAUUGGGUAGUCUGUUAGGGGCCUGGUUCUAUCAAAAUAUGACUAAUUAGGAUCAUUGAGGAUGUUGUAAUCUUUUGUGGUCAAAUUAAGGCUUUUCUGCAACUUGAGGCGCAGAAAGUUAGGGUUCCCAGAAGAUUGCUGCUUCGCCUUAACCCAGCAAUUUAUUCUGGGUAAAGUGCAUGCUUGGAGCUCCCCCAUCUGGAAUUGUUUCCUCAUUUAUUUCAUUGGAGAUUGCUGUCCUAAAAAUAAUUCCCUUAUACAGUACAUGGAACAUAAGAUCUGGUUGCAAGUUUAUUCCUAGGUAUACUGGCUGCAUUGGUUUUUUAAAGAAUUGGAUGAACCAUUGUUAAUGGAGUUCCCUUCAUGAAAUCCUGUAUCUUCUUAAAAGAAAAAAAUCUAUGUCAGCUAUGAUUUCAUGAUUUUAAAGUACGGUGGUACCUUGGGUUACAAACACUUUGGGUUACAAACUCUGCUAACCCGGAAGUAGUACCUCGGGUUGAGAACUUUGCGCCAGGAUGAGAACGCAAAUCGCACACUGGCAGUGGGAGGCGUUCUAGUUAAGAACGGUUUCGGGUUAAGAUUGGACCUCUGGAACAAAUUAAGUUCGUAACCCGAGGUACCACUGUAUUGCUUAUAUUAAUUGUGCUGCAGUAGUAUGGUUGACCAGGGUUUCUAUUGUGGUGAUCUAAGCACAAGAUAGAACCAACCAUACAAAUGAGCCAGCUGCAAGUGGAACUCUUCUUUGCAUGCAGAGGAGUUUUCUUUGUGGAUUUGGUUAAGAGAAACGUAUUGCAUUGCAUUUUAGCACACUGAUAAAUAUCUAAGACGGGGACCACCACCCAUAAAAUUAACACUUACUGUUUUAGACUAUGCAUCAAAAAUUACUGAUCUGGUGCUUGCCAACACCACCCACAUACACACCACACCCACAUAUCCUAGACAUGGAUCCUUGUGGAACCAUCUUGGAUAUGUACGUAGUAUGACAGCAAAACCACUUACAAAUCAUAUAAUACUUCACUGUACACAGAGGCGUUGUAGUUUUGAGGGGGUCCUUUAAAAUUAAGAAUUCACAAGGGUCUGUAUUGUGCCAUGGAAGGUCUGGAAAGCACCAGCUCCAUUAAAAAAAUGGUUUAGCCAAUGGAAACAGGAUCUAUGAUUUGGUGGUGAACAUUAAAAAAAAAGGCAAUUUCAAGAGGAUCUGUUGCUAGAUCCAACCUGUCUGCGUAUUCUGUCUGGCACUCAUUUUCUCUUUUAUGUGACCCCCCUGACUGCUCCAUUUUCUCCUCUCUUGCAAUCUCUGUUAUGUCCCCUUCUUCUACUCUACUGCUCCACUUUCUAUUAAACUGCCUGUCUGAGCCAUGUGUUCCUGACACCUGGGGACCCAGAUCUAAGAAUUUCAUUCCUGAAGUUGGGUCACUUAAUUCAGGAGAACUUGCUUCCAGGAAUGUGUGUCUCAAAUGUAUUACCUGGCACUUAUAUUUGUAACUAAAGAAAGAUGAGCAGGUGGAAUGAUUUAAAAUAAAUGAACAAGUAUUAUCUCUGCAAAUUCAUGUAAAGCUGUUUUUUUCUGCUGCAGGCUAAAGAAAUCUUGACAAAAGAAUCAAACGUGCAAGAAGUACGGUGUCCAGUCACAGUUUGUGGAGAUGUCCAUGGACAAUUUCAUGAUCUCAUGGAACUUUUCAGAAUUGGAGGAAAAUCACCAGACACAAAUUACUUAUUUAUGGGGGAUUAUGUUGACAGGGGAUAUUACUCUGUUGAAACCGUAACACUUCUGGUAGCUCUCAAGGUAAUAUUUUAAAAUGAAUGUUCCUAUUGAAAUAUACAAUGCCUGUAUAGUCUGAAUUGCUGUAAGACUUACAGUACUAAUGAACAUUAUAAUGACUGAGUCAUUGGGGUUGGAGGUUCUACACUAAUGAAAAAAUGAUGUUGGAGGCAACACAAUUGUAUUGCCCAAAGAGACUGCAUACUAAAUGGGUUGCUUUAGAGAUUUGUUCAAACUUCCAGUGUUUUGGGGUCUGUAUCUCCAUCAGAAAUGGAUAGAGAAGUUCAUUCCAGACCUGAAAAAGAAUCUAUCUCCAAGUUUAACUUUGGGAUUUAUCCUGCAAAAAUAUACUGUACCACAGAAAAUAUACCACAAAAUUAAAUAUGUUUUAUUAAAAUAUGAUGUCUGUAUUAAGAUGUUUUUGAGUGGCUGGGGCAACCUAUUUGGAUGGGCAGGGUACAAAUAUGAUAAUGAUGAUGAUGAUGAUAAUAAUAAUAAUAUCUCCAUAAGUUAAGGCUUACUUCUGCCCAUAGAAAUGCUGGAGAAGUACAUACUUGGUUUAGUCACAGUAGCUGUCUUGUUUUAUAGGUCCGUUAUCGUGAACGCAUCACUAUUCUUCGAGGGAAUCAUGAAAGCAGACAGAUCACACAAGUAUAUGGCUUCUAUGAUGAAUGUUUAAGGAAAUAUGGAAAUGCAAAUGUCUGGAAAUACUUCACAGACCUUUUUGACUAUCUUCCUCUAACUGCCUUGGUGGACGGACAGGUAUGUUGAAAAUACUGAUGUGUUCCUAAUAUUAGCAGAGAAGGAAGGCGGAGUAGAAGAUCUGUUACCUUUUUAUCAGAUUUUCUUCCUAGAGAAACUAUCUGUAACUUUGAAAAACACUUGUAGCUAUAGUAUUUGGAUCUAAUUCAUGUCCCAACAAAUGAAUUUAUCUUUCAGAUUUUCUGUCUACAUGGAGGUCUUUCCCCAUCUAUAGAUACACUGGAUCACAUCAGAGCACUUGAUCGUCUGCAAGAAGUUCCACAUGAGGUAACUAUAAUUUGUGUUACAAUUUCUGUGCUGUGUUAGUGUGUGAAAUCAUACUAAUGCCCAAUUCCUCUUCUGCAUUAUAAGGGAGUCUGUUGUUAAAGUAAACCUUAUUUUUCCACAUGACCUCUAACUCCAAAAAGGUUUGCACUGCUUGUCCUGUUCCCUUAUCCAAACAAUAAAACUACAAACAGCACUUAAAUGUUAGUUAAAAGGUGGAAAUUUGUUUGCUAAUUACAAAUGACACCUCUCCAAGUAGCUUGUUCUUCAACUUAAGAGAAGGCAAACUAGGGGUCCACAUAACUUUUAAAAGCUGGGUGGACCAUCUUUUGCACCGAAUAAUAUCUGCAUCACCAAUUCUGUCUUCAGAUGCUGCAGAGUAUAAUCUUGUUUUUGCCUAGCACUGAUGUCAGUUUGGGAACAUAGUGUUGAGCAUGCUUCUUUCCCCCACAGAGCUUAGUGCUGGUGGUUUGGGGAACAAAUAAAUUGGUUCAAAGUACCAUGUUAACGUAGUCAUUCAGCUACUGUUCAAACAUUUUUUCUUAAAAAUUUGGUACUGUAUUAGCCCUCUCCAGGUUUUUUUUUGGGCUAUGUAAUGAUGCUGAAAUGUUUCCUAGGGUCCAAUGUGUGAUUUGCUGUGGUCAGACCCAGAUGAUCGUGGCGGUUGGGGCAUUUCUCCUCGAGGUGCUGGUUAUACUUUUGGACAAGAUAUUUCAGAAACCUUCAACCAUGCUAAUGGCCUUACACUGGUCUCAAGAGCUCAUCAGUUGGUAAUGGAGGUAAGCCCCAGACUUUUUAUGUUGUUUCCUUUCUUGAGGUGAAAAUCUCCCUGCAUAACCAGAUAGCUUUGGCAUACAAAUAAAGGCAUGUUAAGCCUGUGGUGGCAAAGUAACUUGUAUAUCUCAUCCUUUUGUUAAAAAAUGAGCUUGCGGGAUAGACUUGAAGGCAUAAUUAUUGCCAUGAAAAUGGCUUGUGAUUCUGUUAUUCCACUGUAAGUGACUCCUAUCACCUAGACCUGUAUUUUACUGUGUCAUUCCAUGACAAAUUACUGUAGUACAAAUAUUUAAUCUCUGACACUAGGAUUUUAUAUACUAAAUAUUUUUCAGGAGGCGGUGUGGGGUAAGAAGUUCUGCCAUCUACUGACUGACCUCUUUUAUUUCUUCAUAUUCAACCCUAAGGGCUUUCUAUCUCUACAGAUGGACAGCUAAGGCUGACAUUGAUCAAUUUCAUUAGGAAGAAGCCGUUGUUGAUUGGUAUUGCUGGUUUAUUAUAUGUAGAAGCUUCCAGUUUUAAUUCCUGUUAACUCUAGUUAAAAAGGUAUUUGAUAGAAUGAUUGGGAAGGCCUGAGAUCCUGGAGAGCAGCUUCUUUAAAGCAGAUAACAAUGGGUUAGAUCAGUUUAUAUGAUUUAUAUAGGAAGUUCCUAUGUUGUCAGUUCUUACAUGAAUGGCUAAAAGUGGUAAUUUAGAGUAAUAAAUUGUUUAUCUUACUCUGAUGCUCUGUCCACUAUAGGUUACUACCCUCCCCGUAGAGAGACAUGUUACAAUUAUGUGCAUCUGUGUGCUUUUUCCUCCCUCCUCAGGGUUACAAUUGGUGUCAUGAUCGGAAUGUAGUAACCAUUUUCAGUGCUCCAAAUUAUUGCUACCGGUGUGGUAACCAAGCUGCAAUCAUGGAACUUGAUGAUACUCUAAAAUAUUCAUUGUAAGUCCUUAAAGAUUUUCCUAUGAGAACUAACAAAACAUGUCAUUUAUAAUUCUAGUUAGAAUGCUGUUCAUAAAUUGCCUUAUCUGGCUGUUUGAAGAUGAGUAAAGUUGACAAAUCUUACCUGAUUGUAUACUUGGAAAAAUGUGGAUGUUGUGGAAUACUGGAAUACUGUGUGUGGACUUAGAAUUUGCUUUACUAUAUAACUGUAACUGCUAAUUUGUAGUAAUAAUUUAUAAUAAUAAUAAUAAUAAUAAUAAUAAUAAUACAUUAUUUAUACCCCGCCCAUCUGGCUGGGUUUCCCCAGCCACUCUGGGUGACUCCUAGCAGAUUAAAAACAGAAUAAAACAUCAGAUAUUAAAAACUUCCCUAAACAGGCUUCUGAUAGAGUAUAAAACUAACCUUAUGGGUAACAAAUUGUAAUACUGGGCACCUGAUGCUGCUGCUGCUGCUUAUAUUUUUUUUUAUUAUUAAAUUAUUACUACUUGCUCUUCACCCUAAAGUCCCAAUGAUUCAGGAAGUUGCUUUGGGAGUUUAGUAAUAGCCUCGCUUGGUUGUCAGUUUUGGGGGAAGUAAAGCUGAAUUCCUCUAUUUAAAAUGGUAUUUGAAGAGAUGUUUGCUUUUGUUCUUUGCAACAGUAUGCAUUCUCUAAUUUAUCCUUAAGAUGCAGCAAGACUUUCUUUUGAGCAAAGGAUCUAUAUGCUUAUCACUGUCACCUUCCUUAGCCCAUAAGACAGUAGGGUGGGCUGCAUACAUUUCUAAUUGAACUCCUAGAUGAAUGGCAGGCUCUUCCUCUAUAAUUUCAUCUUUCUGCAGUCUAUAUCAAGGUUUAGCUCUGGAAAUUGCAAUGCUUCUGAAGUUUGUCUAUUAAAUUUAUAUCUUGCUGUUCCUCCCAAAGGAGCACAGUUAAAUAUUCAAGUGCUAUGUCAGUUUUACACAGAUCCUCCAUUUGGAGGAAGAGCUUGGUAGAAUAUAACUACAAGUUAAUACUGACGGAUAUUACAUGCAUUCUAGAGAUGGCUGAUGUCUUCUACAUCUAGAAGUGUAAAGAAAAAACAGCCACAAUCUUGAUUGCAGAAUGAAUUGGAAUAAUGUAGAGAAUUUAAAAGCUAUGGCUGAUAUCUAAUGUUAUCCCUGAGUAGUCAAACAGAAUUCUGUGGAUGAUUUCAGUGGGUCUGCUGUGUUUUAGCUGGAUAUCACAAACCACAUAAAUACUGAUGAAAAGUAUUGGGUUUUUUUCAGUUUGCAGUUUGAUCCAGCGCCACGCAGAGGUGAACCACAUGUUACUCGUCGCACCCCAGACUACUUCCUGUAACGAGAUUUUACACUUGUACAGUAUUGCCAUGAACCAUGUGUUGACCUAAAGGAUAUGGGAAGAGCAACAGUAACUCCAAAAUGUCAGAAAACAUUUAACAUUGAAACCUGUUUUCACAUGGACCAAAAGAUGUGCCAUAUUGAAAUACAAAGCCUCUUGUCUGUCAGCGACUGUGACCACUUUAGAAUGAACCAGUUCAUUGCAUGCUGAAGCAACACUGUUGGUCAAGAAACCAGUUUCUGGCAUAGCUCUACUUGUAGUUACUUUUGCUUUCUCUGGGAGACUGCAAAUAUUAAGAUGUAGACAUUUAACACCCUGUGAAAACAAUUAACUUUCCAUUUAGCUAUAGCUUUCCAGCAUGACUGUAGAUAAGGAUAGCAAACUAUCAUUGAAGCUUAAUGAACAUUUUAAAUAAGUACCAAGACCGAUUUUCUUAUUUGUGUUCUGAUUUUUUUUCCAGGGAAAACUGUUUAAUUUAAUUGUAUGGUUGUUUUGUCUGCACUUGGUUCCCCCACAUUCUUCCCUCACACUUCCCUCUAUAUAAUGUCCUAUGUACUUGUCCAUCAUAGUGAGUUAUUUUGAACAGAACAGGUUUUUUUCUGUAAGAUGUUGCUGCAGAAGAGUGUUGCAGCAUUUUUUCAUAAUAAACUUGUGAACUAAUAAUGGAAGAUAGUUGACUUUUAAAUAUAUUGGAGGUUCAUACCAUGUUGUGUUUAAUAAAAAGUAGCUUUUAUGUCUCUUUGAACCUAUGCAGAAUCCAGAUUAUGCUGAAUGAAGUCAGGAGCAAUGUACUGGGAGUCGAUGUUCAGAUCAUAAAUUCACUUAAAUUUUCUCAGAGAGCAAGUGCAUGUUAAAAGAGGUCCUACAUUUUGAUAGCAAUAUGGCUUUGAGUUGUUAUUCACCUAUUAGCAUUUUUUCACUUUAUUUAUUAAAUUACGUUUAUAAAAUUGUCAUUUUAACAGAAAGACUGUCUAAUAUUUCAUUCUAGCCCUUUCAGUUGAAAGAAACUUCUAGGAUUACUAACUUGCAUUUAAGCCUUGUUUUGAACAGGCUGUAGAUGAUGUCCAACGAAGUCAUAUUUGGAGUAUAACCAUUGAAAUAAGUAGACUUAAAUUCACUGAUUUCAAUGAGUCUGCUCUAUGACUAGUAUUGGAUAUCACACUACAGUCUUAAAUGACCAUAAUAUAUUCUCAGUACUGAUCUUGUUGAAAUCUACUUUGUAAGCAAAAGAAUAGCAGUAGCCUUGACUAUGCCUACUGUUAUGCAGUCAGUAAGAGGAAAGAGAGAAAUUGAAACUUGUAAAAUGAAGGCCAGGGUAUCAUUCAGUAUAGCCCUCAGUCACUUUUGUCUCUAUGUAGCUGCACUUCAUGCACUGUAGUAAUUCUCAUUUCUUUGAGGUUGGAGGUGAGGAACAAGUUCAUAAUAUUAAGGACUGAAUACUGCAUUAUGUCAGUGGAUUAAAUUUACUUCCUGAUCUUACCAUAGUCCAAGCACUUGAGCAAUUUGGGUUCCAUACAGCACAUGGGUUUCAAAGGGGAAAAUGUUUCCAUUCUUUACUAAGAUGGAAGUUUAAUUCUUGCUAAAACAUUAGUAUUGCACAUUAGUUGUGAGUAACGGUGAAACUUCCUGAGACUAUCCUAGUAUAACAUGGGGAGAGCAGCAACUCCAGUACAGUGGUACCUUGGUUCUUGAAUUGCUUGGCUCCCAGACAAAUUGGAACCUGAAUGCCACAAACCCGGAAGUAAGCCUUCCGGUUUUUUGGAACCCAAACAUCCAAUGUGGUUUCUGCUUGACUGCAGGAAGCUCCUGCAGCCAAUCAGAAGCCGGGCCUUGAUUUUCUGACGGUUUCGGGAGUCAAACGGACUCCCGGAACGGAUUAAGUUUGAGAACCAAUGUACCAAUGUAUUCCAUUUGAAGCACAUCUAACUGGCUUCUCCCACUGAAACUGCCCACAGUGAUUUUGCAGUCCUGUGUUCUGAACAAAAUGGUUGGGCAAGCUGUCAGCUGAAGGUCCUGUGUGUGGCGAUUAUGGGGUCAAGGCCUCAUGUGAAUCACACAAACAAGAGUCUGUUUGUUACUUUGUUCCUAUGCUGUAUUUAUCACGUCUUGAGUUUCCAGGUGGUGGUGGUUGUUGUAAUUUAUUAAGUUUCUAUACCUUAUUCUGAGGAUCGCAGUGCAUUUACAAUAUAAAAACACAGGUUUUUUUAAAAUCAC